GUGAGAGGGGAGUGGACAGCGAGAGGGGGAAAGAGAAUGGCAUGAGAGUGGAGAGAGAGGGAAAGCAGGGCAUAUAAUUAAAUAAGAUUCCUAGAAGAUCUGAACGGGAGAGUAGGCGACUAGUCCCUGAGCUGCUGAUUUAAACAGGACACUCAGAAGAGUAGUGGGACGCUGAGUUAAUGGAUCUUUCUUGAGGCAUUGAAUACUUACGGCGUCACUGUUCAUGGAGAUCUGGACACUUCUAUUCCUGGCUCAUAUAUCACAGCUGCCCUGCAGGAAUUGAAGCCACUAAUGAUGACCCCAGCGAUGGAGGAGGCGAGGUCUGUAGAGAAAGGGGCUACUCUUACAUCCCAUCUCUCCAGAGCACUCAAUCUGCUUACUGGGGACAUGCGUGUGUAUGGAGAAUGGAUCAAAAGGCAGAUUGUGGUGGUCCAGGUGGUGGACUGGGUCCUACGUGGGGUGGCCCAGGUCAUGUUUGUCAACAACCCCCUCAGUGGGCUGCUCAUCACGUUUGGCCUGGUGCUGCAGAACCCCUGGUGGGGCCUGAACGGACUGCUAGGAUCCCUCGCUUCCACACUGUCUGCACUCCUGAUUAGACAAAACAUUCCCAUAGUCUCCAGUGCCCUGGGCUCAGUGUUCAGCAAAUGGGACCUCCCUGUGUUCACUCUACCAUUCAACAUCCUUGUGUGUUUGCACAUGGCUGCCAUGGGGUCUAACCACCCCUACUUUCCAGAGGUGCUAGUGCAGCCAAAGUCCUCCCUACAUCUGAACACCACCUUGGCAGAACGAAGCAUACCUCAGCUCUUGAUGGCGGUGCCAGUUGGCGUGGGUCAGGUGUACGGCUGUGACUGCCCCUGGACAGGAGGAAUCUUCAUCAUAGCCCUGCUGCUUUCCUCCCCAACCAUCUGCAUGCACGCUGUACUGGGUUCUAUUGUUGGUGUAGUGUCCGGUCUUGUUCUGGCUGCUCCUCAUGAGGACAUCUACUCAGGACUGUGGGGCUACAACAGUUGUCUGUCCUGCAUCGCUAUUGGAGGGGUGUUCUAUGCACUGACAUGGCAGAGUCAUCUACUGGCUAUUACCUGUGCCUUUUUCUGUGCGUACAUGGGUUUGGCCAUUUCAAAUCUGAUGUCCAUAUUUGGGCUACCAGCAUGCACCUGGCCUUUCUGCCUGUCUGCCCUCACCUUCCUCCUCAUCACCACUGAAUCCAGAGCCAUACAAAGACUGCCUCUGUCGGCCGUGACGUACCCUGAGGAGAACAGGCGCUACAACAAAAAGGGGUCACCAGAAAAUCACCAGGAGGUUCAGCAGAACAUCAGUAAAGAGGAGAAACUGCUGGAGAAAAGAGAAGAGAUAAAGCCUCAUAUCAGCCUGUCAGUAGAGUAGUGUGUGUUCUGAGGACACGAAGUGAAUAGCCCAUCUCUCCGUGAAUGCUGGUAGCCAAUGGAAAAAUUAUAGGAAAAUGUUAGCAAAUUAUAGUAAAGUCAACGCUGGAGUUAGAGACAUUGAAAACAUAUUGGCUAGGAUAUCAAUAGCUAUUGUCUUACAGUCAAAGAAACCUCUGACUUAAUUUCAUCUUCCUCUACUGUUUUGAAAAGCAGUUUUUCUAUCCUGGAAUCCACACUGAAUAUGAUUCCGGGCUGGAGUUUCACUAUAUUCUACAAAUACUUUUGCAAUGAGCCUAAUAGUCUCUGGACUACAACAAGUUUAGCAUCCUUACAUUGGACUCAAUAUUUUUUUGUAGAAUGUAUAGUUUUGUUUUGCUAGUACACCUUUUUACGUAUGGGCUUUGAUUCAGGCUGUACCACUAAUUUGUAAUAACUUUAUUGCUCAGUAGAGGGCAGCACUCACCAAAGGAAGCCGAUGCUACUGCUGUGUCUGAAGGAGUCAUUUUUGGAAUCUCAAAAUAAGCACUGUUUAUAUGAAACACUUUCUGUUACAAGUUUACUUAUUCUAUUUAUUAGAUUAGUAGAGAGGUGAGGUGGGAUACAACCGAACAGAAAUACAUUUCUUCUCUUUGGAUGUAGAGAGGAAUUUACAGUGCAGUAGAUCAUCACAGCAGUUCAGCCAGUGAGUUGUUAAAGGGCGCUCUCAUUAAGUUCUCUUCCAGAAAAACCAGGCUAUUUUCAGACCGGUACUGUACAUCACGACCUCUCCUCGUCUGCACUCGGAGGUAGAGUCAUAUUAUUGGAGAGGACAGUGAUGGAUGUGAAGAAGACACAUUUGUGAGAGAUAUUCUCUGAAACGUGUCCACGAUCCUCUUUGUUUCACCAGUCCCCUCCCAACAUCAGGUGGGAAGUAACUGCAUAAAUUAUACUGUGUGUGUGGGUAUGUAUGUAUAUCUGUAUAUAUUUUCUCGGUGUGUCUGUGUUAAACCGUGACACACGUUCAGUGACAGUCACACUCCCAGACACGUGAGAGUAAAAGCAGACAGGAGAGAGGGAGGGUAAUAGAGCAGAAACAAGAUGAGGGGUUGGGCGAGGAUAUUGAAAAAAAAGGAUUACUCAACUAAAAAUGAACUGAAUCACGUUCUUGGUAGUCCACUUCCUCACAUCCUCCACUCUCAUUAAAACAGCUCUGGGAACUGGUCGUCACCACAGCCACAUAGUCAUAAUCAUGGCUAAACUCGCCUAUUUCUACAAUUUCUCUUCUUAAAAUCUGAUUUUAAAUCUAACCUUAACCACACUGCUAACCUGAUGCCUAACCUUAAAUUAAGACCAAAAAACUAGGCAAUUUUUUCUCAUGAAUUUUUACUACAGUGCCUUUGGAAAGUAUUCAGACCCCAUGACUGUUUCCACAUUUGGUUAAGUUACAGACAUUCUAAAAUGGAUAAAAUAUCUAUUUUUUCCUCAGCAAUCUACACACAAUACCCCAUAAUGACAAAGCCAAAAAGGUUUUUAGAAAAAACAGAAAUACAUUAUUUACAUAAGUAUUCAGACCCUUUGUGAUGAGACUUGAUAUUGAGCUCAGGUGCAUCCUGUUUCCAUUGAUCAUCCUUGUGAUGUUUCUACAACUUGGAGUCCAACGAUUUAGAAUUUGAGGCUGUGGUAACUAGUGACAACCCUGGGGACUAUUCCAAACACACCAUCACUCUAGCGAUGGGUGAUUCUGAUCGAAUUCCUCAGGGAUUCCUGCUUUAACUUCUCACACGUGUGCCAACCUCAGCGACUGAUUUAGACACAGAAAACCAGACAAACUCUCUGCACUCAAUCUACAAAUCAAAUGUAUUUUAUAAAGCCCUUUUAUUUAAAUGUUUUACAUGAACAGUUGUCACAAAGUGCUUUACAGAUUACAGGCUAGGAUAAACAAACCCAGUGACAUUAACUGAUGAACAGGUACUUCAGGAUUAGAGUUGUCUAACCCUGCUCUAUUCAGAUCAACACACUACUGAUCUACACUAAAUUACACUGUGCUCUGUAACCUUUCAGUGACUGAAUAGACUGUGACAGACAGUGUGUGAGUGGGACGAAGAGGGAUGAGGUGGGUUAAUGUCACUUACUUUGGGAAUGCACUGUCCUUUGUGAAUGCUGAGAGCACAAUGUGACUCAGCAGCACCUACUACUCCCACAUAGGGGAAGGUGGUGGACUGGACUGUGAAGGAUCGCACUUACCACACACACUGCCACACACCAUAAUCUGUUCAUCAGUCAUAGGUCAAACACUUUGAUCAGAGGAAGAAAGAUUAACUCAUGGGAUAUUGUCAUUCAUAAUCAUGCUUUCAGUUUCUCAUUAGCCAUGGGUCAUGAUAUACAGUGCCUUCAGAAAGUAUUCAGACCCCUUGAAUUUUUCCACAUUGUUACAUUACAGCCUUAUUCAAAAAUGUAUUUUACAAAUUAAAUCCUCAGCAAUCUAUACCACAUAAUGACAA